GUGUCUCUCUAAAAUUUAGUGAAGAAAAAAAAAAAAGACACAAGUCUUGUUUGCGGUUUUUGUGUGAUCUCUAAUCUCUCUCUCCUUGUUUUAGUUUGUUGCGAUUCUUAUUCUCCUCCUCUCAAUCUUCCCCUCUUCUCAUUCAUUCUUCUUUCAUUUCUUCAGAUUCGAUCUCUCUAUUUGUUUCCUUUUUCAUAUUAGUAUUAUGCUUUGCUUUCUUUGAGCUGGUGGAUUCUUUGCUUUUGCAACCACUCAUAAAGGUAUCAUUUUGGUGCAAGUGGGCUUAUUUUUACAUAGAUCUGCAACCCCUUUUUGAUAGAAAGGUGAAAAAAAAGUUGUUGUUGAAGAUUGUAAAAGGUUCAGCACUUUUUUGAGGCUGAAAGAUUUUUAAUUUGGCAAUUGUUUUUUUUUUUUUUGAUGUUUCUGGAUGAAAAGGGUGGAUUUGUUGGAUUGAGGGGAGAAUUGGGUAUUUGGAAUUUGAAGAAAAUUAUUGUAGGAUUUUGUAAUUAGAAAACGGGUGUGACGGAUUCGAAUACGGAGAAUAGAGGGGUUGGUUGUGUUGGUGCUCUGGAUUGUUUAUUGAAUAUAGUCCGGGCACUCCGGACGGGGUCCUGCUUAACUUAUGAAAGCAGGACCCCUGUUCCGGGUUCUCCUACAUCUGCUGUUGGAGUUAAGAAGAAGAAGAGUAGGAGGGUAUCUAGGAAUUCUUCCUUCAACAAAUGCAAGGAAGAACAGCUGCGUAAGACUCCUGGACGAUUGUUCUUGAAUGGAUCGAGCGAGGCAGCUUCACUAUUCACUCAGCAAGGCAAGAAAGGAACGAAUCAAGAUGCCAUGGUUGUUUGGGAGAACUUCGCUUCCAGAACAGAUACUGUAUUCUGUGGUGUUUUUGAUGGCCACGGUCCUCAUGGCCAUAUGGUUGCCAAGCGAGUCAGAGAUUCCCUUCCGUCGAAGCUAAGUGCACAUUGGGAAGUUAGUCUGAAAAGUGAGGAUGUUCUAAAGGAGAUCAGUCUAAAUGCUGGGGCUAGCCUAUAUCCCGAGGAUGCUUCCCUUAUAUCCGCGGCCGAUGACUCUAGGGUUUCAAUUGAUGUUGAAGAGACUGGAAAGCACCCAGAGAUCUUUCAGACUUUGAAGGAAUCAUUUUUGAAGGCUUAUAAGGUUAUGGACAGGGAACUGAAAAGCUACACUAAUAUUGACUGCUUCUGUAGUGGGACAACAGCUGUAACCCUUAUUAAACAGGGCCAGGAUCUUGUUAUAGGAAAUGUAGGCGACUCCCGAGCAAUUCUAGGUACCAGAGACAAAGAUGGUUCUCUAACUGCUGUACAAUUGACAGUGGAUCUGAAGCCUAAUCUACCAGCGGAGGCUGAAAGAAUUCGUAAAUGUAGAGGGCGUGUUUUUUCUCUUCGCGAUGAACCAGAGGUUGCAAGAGUGUGGUUGCCAAAUAGUGACUCUCCUGGACUUGCCAUGGCACGUGCUUUUGGAGAUUUUUGCCUGAAGGAUUUUGGUCUCAUCUCUGUACCCGAAAUAUCAUAUAGGCGUUUAACAGGAAAAGAUGAGUUCAUUGUUCUGGCAACUGAUGGGAUAUGGGAUGUACUUACAAAUGAUGAAGUUGUAAAGAUUGUUGCAUCUGCUUCAUCCCGUUCGUGUGCAGCUCGAUCGCUAGUUGAAUCAGCUGUUCGAGCCUGGAGGACAAAAUACCCUACUUCUAAAGUUGAUGAUUGUGCAGUUGUUUGCCUUUUUCUUGAUUCAAACUCAAACAACUUGUCCACUGCUUCCAAUACAGAAGACAGUGACAAGACUGUCUCAAUGAAAGCAAAUGAAGUUGGUGCCAAGACAGGUGAUGCCUCAGGUCCAACUGCAUUUACUCGUUCUGGAACUGUUCGAGAAGCUGAAGUUUCAGAAGAAGAGAUAGAGGAAGCAUCAGAACAUGAGGAACUGCUCUCAGAGGUGGGGGCGGAAUGGUCUGCACUGGAAGGGGUUUCCCGGCUGAACACAUUAUUGACACUGCCAAGGUUUGUGCCUGACAAGGACGAGAAUUAAACUGUCUGGAAUCGAACUCAAAGAAGCAACAGAGGGUGAGAUUUCAAAGUUUGGAUUUAUUUCUUUCGGUUAUUUUUCAAUUUUAUUUAGUUCCAUCCAUUUUAAGGUCUCACAUAUCUAUCUACUGGGAGGAAAAAAAAACUUAGGGGCAUUUUAUAUUUGUUGUAGACUGGAGAGGUGGCCCCAGCUAUAUUAGAGUGUCUGGGAAUCAUCCAUUCUCUUCCUAGUGUUGGUAAAAGUGGAAUUUUUGUAAAAACCAACUCUCCUGUCUUGGUUGCUAGCUUUCUUUUCUUUCGCAUAUAUACCAAGAUUGUGUGUACCUUAUCAAAGAGAUAUCGAGAUUGUGUGUUUUUCCAUCA